UGCCGGGAUGGUGAAGGCGAAGGGACUGACCCCCAGGCGGGCCCCGGACGCCCCCGCGGCUGAGCCAGGGCUUGUCAGGAAGCUAACACGAAAGAAGAAGAAAAAGAAAAGGUUCUGGAAAAACAAAGCGCGAGAAGUAAGCAAGAAACCGGGAAGCGACCCCAAAGUUGUGCUGCGACCUCCGAAGGCCCCGGCGAACUUCUCCCAGAACUGGAAGGCGCUGCAGGAGGUGCUGAAACAAAAAUCACAGACCCCGGAAAAGCCUCUUGUUAUCUCUCAGAUGGAUUCCAAAAAGCAGCCCAAAAUUAUCCAACAGAACAGAGAGGCAAAGAGAGGAUCUCUGUCAAACAGAAAGGUGCCAGCACCUCCCACAAAGGCCAGUGGAGCAGAGCACAGUGAGAAAGGAACCAAGAAAAAGACAAAUGGUGACAUUUCCCCAAAACAAGGGGACAUCAAACAUAAGAAACGGAAAGCUAAGGAGGUGACUGCAGCCUUGACUCCAGCCCUGCCCACCGAACAAGACAUCUGGUUCGAUGAUGUUGAUCCGGUGGAUAUCGAAGCGGCCAUAGGCCCAGAGGCAGCCAAGAUAGCGAGGAAACAGCUGGGUGAGAAGGAGAAUGGUGUGGCGCUGGUGAAGGAACAGGCCUUCAGCGGCCUGACAAAAGCCUUAGCCAUGGACUGUGAGAUGGUGGGCGUGGGCCCCACGGGGGAGGAGAGCCUUGCCGCCCGCGUGUCCAUUGUGAACCAGUAUGGGAAGUGUGUCUAUGACAAGUAUGUCAAGCCAACCCAGCCGGUAACUGACUACAGGACGGUGGUCAGCGGGAUCCGGCCGGAGCACCUCAAGCAGGGAGAAGAAUUUGAAGUUGUUCAGAAGGAAGUGGCAGAGAUGCUGAAGGGCCGGAUUCUCGUGGGACACGCGCUGCAUAACGACUUAAAGGUACUUUUUCUUGAUCACCCAAAAAAGAGGAUUCGGGACACACAGAAAUACAAGCCUUUCAAGAGUCAGGUGAAGAGUGGAAGACCGUCCCUGAAGCUGCUGGCAGAGAGAAUCCUAGGGAUCCAGGUGCAGCACGCAGAGCACUGCUCGAUUCAGGAUGCCCAGGUAGCAAUGAGACUCUACGUCACGGUGAAGAAGGAAUGGGAACGCACGGUCCAGGACAGGCGCCCCGCGGCCACCGUUCCAGACGUCGGCAGGGACAACAUGUAAUGGGAGCCACCGCCCCACAGCAGCAUCUCUGUCCAUAGGCACUCAUGACCAAAUGACAGGACAGAUCAAGUCUCCUCACAGUGGUGACAAAAUCGUGGCAGCAGGGGAUGGGGCAAACAUGCUGCCGGGAACAACCUCUUCCCUCUGAUUUCUCCAUCUAAGACCUGGUCGUGCCCUGGGGGACAUGCUGCAUGGUCAGCAGCAUUUGUCCUGGGUACAGCAAGCAGGUGGCGGUGGGGACCCAUGUGUAAGCACCUGGCCAAGCCCCAGAGUCAGGACAUCAGGACAGGAGUUGGGGCUGUGCCUACACCCUCCUGUCCCCACCCAUGUGGCAGCCCGCUUGCUGGGUUUCGCUGCAUCCCAAGGCAGGAAGUACCCAGUGUUCACUGGUGAUGUGAAGAUCUCUGCCAGACUCGAGGAGCCCAGACCGGUGUCUGCAGCCAGCUCAGCCACAGCCUCACUGAGGAGUUUUCUGUGGCCUACUUUGGAUUUGGAGACUUCUGAUGGUGUCCUUCUCUCCCCACCCCCCACUUGCCACCAAAUUUAAACUCGAGGUCAUAGCCGCAUUGUGGCCCCUGAGCAUGGUGAUAAGUUAUUGAAGUGCCUCUCCCAUGCUGGGACCGACAUGCUGGCCUCGGGCGACUGGAGCUAGAAAAGUGGGUUCCCAUGGGUAGCCUGGCCCAGGAUCUCUGAGAACAAGAGUGGGGAGCAGCCAGGUGCCCGAAGCCCAAGGCUUUCUUGCACUUCCUGACAGGUACAAAAAGGUCCAAACUCACCAAGGAAAUGAUCGGACAUAAAUGAGGUUUUUACUUGA